AUGGAUAUUCUUUCUGUCCUUCAGACAAACUUUCUCUCACUGGUUUUGGGCAUUAUUGUUUUUGUGUCGCUGUGGAUGAUUUGGGGUAAAAAGAGCAGCUUUGAAAGAUUACCGCCGGGUCCCCCUCCGUCUCCACUUGUUGGCAAUUUAUUCCAAAUAGGCCUAGCGGAGCCAUACAAGUAUUAUCUGGAGCUCUGCAACAAGUAUGGGUCAGUGUGUACCAUCUGGCUGGCCAACAAACCAGUGAUCAUACUGUCCGGAUAUCAGGCCAUCAAAGACGCCCUUGUCACUCAGGGAGAGGAGUUCAAUGGGAGGGCUCAGUACCCACUCCUGAUGAGGUCAACCAAUGGAUUUGGUGUGUUAGCCAGCAGUGGUCAGCGCUGGAAGGACCUCCGUCGGUUCUCCAUCAUGACGCUGAAGAACUUUGGGAUGGGGCGGAGGAGUGUGGAGGAGAGGGUCCAGGAGGAGGCCAGGAGCCUGGUGAAGGCGUUUCAUGAGUUUGAUGGCGCAGUUUUCAACCCUAAAGAUCUGCUGUGCACUGCCGUGUCAAACGUCAUCUGCUCCAUGGUGUUUGGGCACCGGUUUGAGUACAAAGACCCCGAGUUCCUGCUGCUCUACAAUGCAGUCGAUGCCUACUUCGACGUGCUCAGCAGUCCCAUUGGCACACUCUACAACAUCUUUCCUAAAAUUGUCGAGUGCAUUCCUGGAAAGCACAAGGAGAUGUUUGCAAUGAUGCAGAAGGCUCAGGUUUAUGUGAAGAAUCAGGCAGAGAUUCGACUGAAGCACCUGGAUGCCAACUCUACUCCCCAAGACUACACAGAGGCCUUUGUGAUUAAAAUGAUUCAGGAGAAGGACCUCCCAAAGAGUGAGUUUCACUAUGACAACCUGGUGAUCAGUGUGUGGAACCUGUUCUCGGCUGGGACAGAGACAACCUCCUCAACUUUGAGACACGCGUUACUGAUGAUGAUUAAGCACCCGAAUAUUCAAGCGCGUGUCCAUAAGGAGAUCGAUGACGUGAUUGGCCAGGAGAGAAGCCCCUCCAUGGAUGACAGGUCUAAGAUGCCCUACACGGACGCUGUGAUUCAUGAGGUGCAGCGUAGCCUGGACCUCACCCCAACCUCUGUGCCUCACAAGGUGAACGUCGACACUGAAUUCAAGAAAUACUUCAUCCCAAAGGAUACUAUGGUUCUCCCUCUGCUCUCUUCGGUUCUCAUUGACCCUAACCUGUGGAAGAACCCAGAGAAUUUUGACCCUGAAAACUUCUUAGAUGAGAAGGGCCGAUUUAAGAAGAACGAUGCCUUCCUGGUUUUUGGAUUAGGGAAGCGAGCCUGUCUGGGAGAGGGUCUGGCCCGGAUGGAGCUCUUCCUGUUCUUCUCCUCUCUUCUCCAGCACUUCACCUUUGUGGGCACGAAGCCCCCGGAGGAGAUCGACACCACCCCCACCUCCUGCAGCUUUGGCAGGAUGCCUCGCAGCUACGACUGCUACGCCAAACCCAGGGCAUAG